GUAGCAGCGAGCUGCCACACCACACCACUCUAUUCAUAGCAUGGCCACCGAGAAUCGCCACGAUUGCAAUUCGCCAAGUGAGGUUUUGGACACGAUUAAUUAGGGUGGCAGACCGUCGCGUUCCCAGACCAGCCCCUGACGGACCUAUCAAACCCGCAGCCUCGCAAUGCGCAAUGCUUGCAACGACGAGUACCAAACGACGACAGGCUGUUCCGCCCAAUGAGCCCGGACGGCACCCCUCCUGCAGACGCUCAUCGACAGUACCCCAGAUUCGUCUGGUCCCUCUUCCCCGGAGGUGCAGGAAGCCGACAUACACUCGCUAUGUUCCCGUGAGCUUAGCGGUACGCAUGCAUGACACGUAUGGUGGUAUUCUUCUCCAGGCCGUAUUCAGCCUGGGAUCAUCAUCUACUAAUCCGGAUGAGCGGCAUUGCGCUGUAGCUGCUACACCAAUCCACCUCGGUCGGCAGGUGUCUGUACAGCCCAAUAGACUGGACUUUGGGAACUGUCAUGGGACUGAAGCCACCGUCUCUUCCAGACCUUCUAGAUCAUUGGCAGGGAGCCAGGUAGGUGAUGUAAAUGCGCUUUUUAAUUCGCGAUUUGGCCGUGUACCUAGAGGAGGGGGGUUAGCAGGGUGAGGGAUUCUUUGGUUUCUGGGACGCAAAUCUCCUGACAUGGUCCAGGGAGCAUACGUACAUACAUGUGUACAUGCAGAGCAGACGGCGUGAGCUGCUAUCCACUAUCUAGAGCGGUCAAGAGAGACUUGGCAUCGUGAAGCGCUAGGCUAGAAGAGUACAUCGUCGCGACGGCUCGACUGGGCUCGUUAAACCGCAUACCACCAAGUUUACUUGGGCAGAUCUGGGGGACGAUCAUCUUGCACGGAUGAGGUCUAG